AUGGUGCGCCCACGUGGUCGGUCGCAAUUGGGGGUGGACAUUCGCGGCGACACCAGCGCGCCCGCAAUGUCCACCAUGAAUGAAAUCAGUCCAAUUGAACCCACUUCCCCGGACUUGAGCAAGCAAUUGGAGUCUCGCAUGGCGGACAAGUUACCCGGCAAGACCCAGUCGAAGAGACGUCGUAAUCGCUCGCUCCUUCACCGAUUCGCCGAUACCUGUCUCCGAUACACAUGGCUACUCCCAUUGAUCCUGACGCUUUUCCUGCUGUCGCUGUACGCAGUGAACCCGAGUCCAUCCAACCCAAUGCACAGCGCCAUCUUCCUCUCCUACCCGCAGCCUCCGAAGACACCUGGUGGACCAAUCAUGUACGGCAAGGGCAAGAAGGACAUGGCCUUUGUGGGCUUUUACACCAUUGUUCUCUCUUUCACCCGCGAGUUUAUCAUGCAACAGAUGAUCCGUCCCUUAGCCGUGUGGUGCGGGAUUCGCGGCAAGGGCAAGACCGCGCGCUUCAUGGAGCAGGUCUACACGGCGAUUUAUUUUGCCAUCUUUGGUCCUCUGGGACUGUACGUGAUGCGCCGGUCGGAUAUUUGGUAUUUCAACACGACUGCGAUGUUUGAAGGGUUCCCACAUCGGGAGCAUGAGGGCGUGUUCAAGGCGUAUUACUUGCUGCAGGCGAGCUAUUGGGCCCAGCAGGCCAUUGUGCUCUUGUUGCAGCUGGAGAAGCCUCGCAAGGACUUUAAGGAGUUGGUCGGCCACCACAUCAUCACCUUGGCAUUGAUUGCACUGAGUUAUCGUUUCCACUUCACCUACAUGGGAUUGGCGGUGUACAUCACUCACGACAUCUCGGACUUUUUCCUGGCGACCUCGAAAACGCUCAACUACCUCGACUCGGUUAUUGUCGCACCCUACUUUGGCAUGUUUGUGGGGGUCUGGAUCUAUCUUCGCCAUGUCCUGAACCUUAAGAUCCUGUGGGCCGUCUUGACCGAGUUCCGCACCGUGGGUCCCUUUGAAUUGAACUGGGAGACUCAGCAGUACAAGUGCUGGAUCAGUCAAUAUAUCACUUUCGCUCUGCUCGCUAGUCUGCAAGCUGUGAAUCUGUUUUGGCUGUUCCUGAUCCUGCGCAUUCUGGCCAACUACAUUUUCAACAGCGUGGCAAAGGAUGAGCGCUCCGAUGACGAGGAAUCGGAAGAGGAGACGGUGAAUGAGGUUGAGUCCAAGGCUACAUUGGCCACGGGCAUCGCCAAGGAGAAUGUGGCUCCAGAGGUACAAGUCAAUGGCGAAUCCGUGAUUGGAAAGCCUGGUCCUCGGACGCGGAGCCGCAAGGCGUAA